UUUCCGCGUGUUUCCUUCCCGCGCACAUCGUGCUAGGUGGAAGUUGGUCAUGGUCGUCCGACAAACGGAAAGCCGCCAUGAUGGCUUUCUGUAAAGUACGCUCAAUAUGUAAAGUUUCGUUACGGUUUUUCAUUAAUUGUGACUGAGUGCGUGCAAAAAUUAACCAUGGGAACGAACUAGAGUGUGUUAAGUUCAGUUUACGGUCCUUUAGGACCUCCUGGAGGAGCUAUAAAGUGUUUUAUGAGUGCAUUUUUGUGUCGACGCUAGCGUGUUUUGUUCUGUCAACAAAAUGUCGAAGCUCUCGUUUAGGGCGAGGGCCCUGGAUGCGUCGAAGCCAAUGCCCAUAUAUCUCGCCGAGGAGCUUCCGGAUUUACCGGACUACUCGGCGAUUAAUCGUGCAGUACCUCAAAUGCCCUCUGGAAUGGAAAAAGAGGAGGAAUGUGAGCACCACCUCCAGAGGGCAAUAUGCACGGGGCUCAUCAUACCCACGCCGGAAGUAUGCGACGUUCAGGACCUCGAGUUCUACGAGCAGUGCUACCCGCCCGACUACAAGAUGCCAAAGCAGCACAUACACAUGCAGCCGCUAUGGCAGGAACAAGAGGCGCCAGAGUACGACAUCGACUCCGAGGACGAGCGGUGGCUAAAGCAGCAGAGGCAUCCGGAGCUCACAGAAUUAAUGUUCGAACAAAUGAUGGACAAGCUAGAAAAGAGCUCCGGACAGACGGUGGUGACGUUGAACGAGGCCAAGCUGCUCCUGGAGAGGCACGACGACCUGGUCAUCGCCGUCUACGACUACUGGCUCAACAAGCGGCUCAAGACUCAACACCCUCUGAUCCUGUCGGUGAAGACCGAGAGCCGGCCGGGCCAGUCCUCCAACAACCCCUACCUCGCCUUCCGACGUCGCACAGAGAAGAUGCAGACCAGAAAAAACAGGAAAAACGACGAAAGCUCGUACGAAAAGAUGCUCAAGCUUCGGCGAGAGCUGGCACGGGCCCUGUCACUCCUGGAGAUGGUCGCGCGGCGCGAGAAGGCCAAGCGCGAGUUGCUCCGGCUGACGGCCGCCAUCGCCGAGCGGAGGUACCACGCGGGAGACUUCACCGAGCCACAGCCUAGGGUGGUGGGGCACAGUACGAGCGUGGCGUUGCCGCUGCGCUCGCGCGUCGAGUUCCCGCCGCACUACGCGCCGCGCGCGCCGCCCACGCCCGUCGACACACAACGACAGCGGGAAAAGCGCCCGUACAAGAGACGGAAACACAGGCACCACGCGCCCGCCGCCGUCGCCGCCCACCGAGAGCCGGCGUUCGCGUCGUCGUCGGAGGAGGAGCCGGCGCGCCCGGACGCCGCGCCGCCCGACGACGGGCCCUUCGCCUUCCGCAGGAAGCCGGGCUGCUUCUACGAGAUGCCAACCUCGACGCUGUGUGGCGAUCCCGUGGACCCGGAUAACAAGGAUGGGCUGUACGAACACGAGCUUGACGAAAGGCAUAGGUUCAACCUCACAUCCCUCUCGGAGCCGUACCGCCGUUGUGUCGGGUUCGCGCGGCUGCGGCGCGGGCGCGGCGGCCGCCUGGCGCUGGACCGGCUGCGGCACCCGCUCGACGACCUGUGGAGCCAGCUGCCACCACCACCACACCACACGGAGCUGGCGGAGGAGGUGGACCUCGAAACGAAAGUGCACAGAACGCCCAAAGAAAUAACUCGCGACUACCACGCGACAAACAAAUACCCGUGGCGGCACGCCUUCCGCAAGCAUCUACGCCGCAACCCGCACCUCUGGCUCGACCUCAAGCCCGACGUCACCGACCUCAAACCCGAGGUCAUCGACCUCAAACCCGAGGUCAUCGACCUCAAGGAUGAGGUCGACGCCGGCCUCAAGUGUAGAGUGGAGGAGCUCAAAAGUGAUAUUAGUGUUAGGACUAUAGACAGUGAAGUGAGAAAACGCGCGUGGAGCAGUAGUGAGGACAGUGAUGGCAGUUUGCAGCCUGUUGAACAGGAGUUUGAGAGGUUUAUCGAUGAGGUUAAUAAGAAAUGGUUACAUUUCCGACCAAAAACGCCGCCCCUAUCUCCGCCGUACCUACCGCCCGCCGACGAAGUCCCCGUGGAGCCCGACACGCCCCUGUGCGUCGAGCUGAGGGAGCAAGGAGCACCCACCUUCACCACCGACCAGUUCACGCUGGCAGACCUCAUGCCGGCCCUGGGAGACCUCACGGACCUAGGACUAUCAGAAGACCUCGGCGGAUCUCUACCCUCGGAAUCGGAGCUGAAGCUCGCAGACAACCGGCAGCCGGCGUCGGAUCCUUUUUUAUGUGUCGGGCGGGGCCCGGGGGCGCGGGGCCCCGCGCUCGGCUGCAGCGCCGUGCGCGUCACGCACGACGCACAGCCUAUCUACAUGGAUAGGCCCGUGCCGGUCCCGGUGCCCUCGCCGCUGCCGCCCGCCAAGAAGGAGCCCGCGCCCCCCGCCCCCACACCCGCGCCCCCCACACCUGCGCCCGCGCCGGUGCCCGCGUCGCGCCUCAUCGUGGAGGAGGUCAACGAGGUGCCGCAGAUAAAACUAGAAAAGAAGAAAAAAGACGACACGAUAGAGGAAAUACAACUAGCCCACGGCGUCCAACUGAAGACGGUCCAGACGAAGCACUCGCCUCUGAAGAAACACAUCAUCACCUCAGCGCACCGCCGCACGGAGCAUGAGCCGCAGAUACGGACGCAAGUCACGGACACGCUCAAGGUGCGGUUGCAGAACCAUCUCCUAUCGUCGCAAGCCAGCGUGGUGAGCAGUGGGGCUACGGUGGUGGGGCUCGUGCAAAACGGGCCCUUCACCGCCGUCCCUUCGCAGCCAGGCGUCGCGACGUCAGCCGUGGCGGUGUCGGUCCCGGGCGCCGGCACCUCCUCCCCGCGCCGCGCCGCGCCGCUGCUGCCGCUAGGCGCCGGCCGCGGGGGGCUACUAGCCGCGCCGGUCGUGGUGGGCACCGUGGGCGCCGUGGGCGCGCAGAACAAGCUCAAGGUGCUGCACGCGCACCCGCUCACGCACGAGCAGCGCGCGCAGCUGCUGCAGGCGCGCGCGCACGGCAUAACUCCCCUCCCAGCGGUGGUAUCGCUCGCGACCCUCGAAGCCAAAUCGAGCAACACGGCGGCCAUUUUGAAAGCCGCGCCCGGCUCUGUGGCGCAGUUCUUCGAGAUCAAGGGCGGUCAGCUCGGCAAGGGGCCCCACCUCGUCAACGUGGUCCGACAACCUCCGCCCAAACCAACACACGUGACGGACAAGAAGCCAAGGCAGGUCGUGGCGGCCAUUGACCAUCAGGCGCUAAAAGGCGGUGUAGCAGCAGCAGCGGCGGCGCGUGGGCGCGUGUCCCUGUCCCUGGACGGGCGCCAGCUGGUGCGCGCCGCGCUGCCCGGCGUGCGUGGCGCCGCGCCGCAGCUGCUGCGCCACCAGAUCCAGCUCAAGCACCGCCGCGACCACCAGCCCACCAUCUCCAUAGCGGCACCAACGAAAACAGCGUCGAUCCCGUCGUCCGUAGUCGCCAACCUGCUGCAGAAGAACGUGUCUCUCGGCGCGCCGCGGCUCUCGCUGCCGCAGACCGCCGGCGUGCAGGCCCUCGCCUUCUCCGCCGCGCAGCUCAAGGCUAGACAGGCGCGGCUUGUGCCGGCCAGGCCUGUGCCCAGACCGUGAGUGAACAAACACUACUAGAGUAUAGAACAGCGACUCUCGCUGCCGCAGACCGCCGGCGUGCAGGCCCUCGCCUUCUCCGCCGCGCAGCUCAAGGCUAGACAGGCGCGGCUUGUGCCGGCCAGGCCUGUGCCCAGACCGUGAGUGAACAAACACUACUAGAGUAUAGAACAGCGACUCUCGCUGCCGCAGACCGCCGGCGUGCAGGCCCUCGCCUUCUCCGCCGCGCAGCUCAAGGCUAGACAGGCGCG